AUGGCAGUUUUUGGUGAGUUGGAUUCAUGCAGUCGAAUCAUUAUAACGUCAAAGGACAAAUAUGUGUUAAGAAAUUGUGAAGUGGAUCACAUUCAUGAGAUGACAGAGUUAUUUCCUGUUGAUGCUUUUAAACUUUUUGUCCUACAUGCCUUUAGAGGAAACCCUCCAACAAAAGAUUAUAUUGACCUAUCAUCUAAAAUAGUAGGUUAUGCUAAAGGUCUUCCACUAGCUCUUGAAGUUUUAGGUUCCUUUCUAUUCAAGAGGACGAAGAGAGAAUGGGAAAGUGCACUAGAAAACUUGAAAACAAGUCCUCCUGCGGAUGUCCAAAAAGUGUUAAAAAUAAGUUACGAAGGAUUAGAUGAUAAACAGAAGUGUGUAUUUUUGGAUGUUGUAUGUUCUUAUAAAGGGUGUAAAAGAGAUUUUGUAGAAGCAAUCUUGAAUGAUCGUGACUUAGACGCUCAUAUUUGUAUAAAUGUUCUCAUUGAAAGGUGUCUCAUAACUACAUCAUCUAAUACCAUAACAAUGCAUGAUUUACUUGAAGAAAUGGGUAGAGAAAUUGUUCGACAAGAAUCGAUUGAUAAUCCAGGCAAACGUAGUCGAUUGUGGGAUCAUGAUGAAAUAUUUUCAGUAUUGAAGAAUAAUACGGGAACUAGAGCAAUUCGAAGCAUAUGCUUGGAUAUAUCUAAAGUAGAAGAGUUGCAUUUAAAUCCUGAAGCUUUUAACAAAAUGCCAAACCUACGAUUCUUGAAAUUUUAUGGCUCUGAACGUGGAAAGAAGGUGCUUGAAUCUGAUUCCUCUGCAUUUCGCCAUAUCUUGAGAUGGUUGAAAAGAGAAAACUCCAAUGAUGGAAAGGUGCAUGGUUUUGAGAAACUUAAGUUUGAUUUCUAUGAGAUAAGGCACUUUUGCUUUCAUGGAUAUCCUGCCAAAUCAUUGCCGCCAAAUUUUAAUCCAAAGAACCUUGUUGCACUUUGCAUGCCUAAUAGCAAAGUUAAAAAACUUUGGACUGGUAACCAGGUUCUUGUUAAUUUGAAAUAUAUUGGCCUCAGUCACUCUAAGCAUCUAUGCAGAAUACCAGAUUUGUCACUUAUGCCAAAUCUUGAGAGCUUGAAUCUUGAAGAUUGUACAAAUUUGCUUGAGAGUUUCUCAUCUAUCCAUAAUCUCCAUAAACUUGUUAUCUUGAAUCUACGAGGAUGCAGAAGCUUUAAUAAUCUUCCAAUUAGUGAUAGUUGCCAAUCUCUUCGAAAAGUUUAUCUCUCUGGUUGCUCAAAUCUCGAAAAAGUUCCAAAUCUCCCUAAUACAGUUGAAAAGUUAUAUCUAGAUGAAACUGCCAUUAAAGAACUUCCAUCAAUAGGGCAUUUAUUUAGACUAGUAAAAUUAAGUCUUAGAAAAUGUUCAAGGCUUAAGAGAUUACCAAAUAGUAUUUGUGAGUUGAAAUCCCUUAAAUAUCUUUGUCUCUCGGGUUGUUCCAAACUUGAUAGAUUGCCUAAUGACAUGGGAAAUUUACAAACUCUGGAGGAACUGAUACUGGAGGGAAUUUCUUUUGCAGAAAUAGCAACAUUUAUGGCAAGUUUGACCAACCUGAAGACAUUAUCUUUGACAAGAUGUAAGAUGCAAGAGCAAUUGGGUAUCCCACUCGUCGAUUUAUCUGUCUUCCAAAGAAUCGAAGAGCUAUGCCUGAUUGAUUGUUGCAUUGAAGUGUUACCCAACACUAUUGGCGAAUUACUCUCAUUAGGAAGUUUAGAUCUUGACCAAAACAAUUUGGAGACGCUACCAGAGAGCAUCAAAGACCUGUCUAACCUGGAAGGGCUUUCUUUAAGUAAUUGUCAGAGGCUUAAAUACUUACCGGAGCUUCCAAGCAGUCUAGUGCAAAUUAUAGCAGUGAAUUGUGUUUCUCUUGAAUCAGUAUCAAGUUUAUUCCUACGUAUGGAUUCUGUUUUUGACAUAAUCGACUUCUCUAAUUGUUUAAAUUUAAAAUUAGAGAUGACAGAUGCUCUCUUGUUGAAUAUUGAGAGAAGUGCAGCAGACAGUCACCGUCAAAUGCAGAAUAUCAGUUGUUCUUGGGGAUCGGCGGACAUUUUUUACUCUGGAUGUGAAAUUCCAAAGUGGUUUGACUUAAAAAGUAAUGGAUCUUUUAUAAAGUUUCCAGAAGGUUGGAUUAAUGAUAACUUAUUUGGUUUCGCUGUAUGUGCUGUUGUAUCAUCACAAGACUAUCGAAAACUUAGAAAUUUGCUUGUUGGAUUUCGCCUGAUUAUUAAUGGAGAGAUUAUUUCCAAUGAUGAGUUAAUGGACUCAUUAAAAUUUCGGCCUGGGACUCUUGAAGGUGAGAACAUUGUUGAAUCAGAUCAUAUAUUCAUAGCUUAUAAUUACAUUAAGAUGCUUGGGAAAUUUCCUCCACUUAAUUUGAAUAGCCAAGGUGCUGUUGAGUUCUUCAUUGAACAUGCAACUAAGAAUGGUAUGGUUCAAAGCCCAGUGAAAAAAUGUGGAGUGACUCUAUUGUAUCACAAAAAUGAUGAUUGGAGAAACGAUCCAAGAGUGGACAAAAAUGAUGAAAGACCUCAUAAGCGAUUGAAACUUGAAGGUUGA